AUGGAGACUCGCCAUCUGUACUACAUCUCCCAGUAUUACCCGCUGUUCCCUCCGGGCGGUACGUUCUGGGAGGACCUGACCAGGGGGGGUGUGCAGACCGUGGUGAGGCAUGGAUCACCGUCCGUACAUCACAGGCAAGACAAGCCAGUCGGACUGUCGUUUGAUUUCAAGUUCUACGGACAUUACAUCAGGAACAUAUCCAUCUCAACGAGUGGUUACCUGAACACCGGAGCUUACCCCAGCUUUGUGACGGACACUCAGUACGUGGCGCCGCUCUUUGAUUCCCAGCUUGACUCCAGUUUAGACACAGAGGCGUCUGUGAGGUACAGGGACAACGGAACGGCGUUCACGGUUGAAUGGCGCCGGUUACGACUGGGCAGACCGCCCGGAGUCUGCUGCUUCACAUUCCAGGCGACAUUAUUGAAGGGAGGACGGAUCGUGUUCGCUUAUUGGCAGGUUCCACAGGAGGGCUGGGCUGGAGCCGGGGGCGACAUCAGAGUUGGCGUCUCAGAUGCGUACAAAGUCAAGAAAAGACCGGCGCAUGAUCCGAAAAGAGAACGUCUACCAGUCAAGGAAUAUCAUAGGGUCAAACUAGACCUUGAAAAAGGUGUGGGGAUAUAA